AUGAGCAGUGAAGGGCAGGGAUAUGGCAAAGACGACCGUCGCUCUGCACUUCGCAUCCUAGGGCAUCCAAACACACUAAAGCAGGAAGGAUCUAGCACUAGCCUUCCAUCGCCAGACAAAGAGGCUACGCGCCGAUUCUCGUUAAUGGAUCCGUUCUUCAACCAUGGAAGAAGUAUAAUCAAGCCUAACCAAAACGGCCACCGGUCGGCGUCAACUAAGCUCUGCAGAUUCUCAUGCCUCGCCGGAAAGGAAGGGGGACGUGCCGUGCUAAGGGGAGGAUCGUGGAAGGCUGGUAGGAGCACCGUAUGCUCUUUGCCUCGCGGGGGUGGAAAGCUGAGGCCGACAGUGGAUCUUAAAGAAUACAGUGCGCGGUGCUCAGGUCCUGGAGGAAAAGCAUCAGAAUUCAGAAUAUCUGUGCCAAGUGGCAGCGGGAUCCGCACAGCGGCCGACCAUCUCAGACUUGCGCCUGAAAAGGAAAAUGAGACCCACGAGAGCCGCGGAAGCAUCUCUCCCCGGCGGUCCGCAAUUGUUGCUACCACGGUCGAUGCAUGGACCAGGUUCGUAUUGAACGAGGAGGGUAAAUUAGGAGAGAGGCCAAGAUGUCAAGGAAGACGCGAAGCUGGACCGAAAAAGGACAGUUCUUCUAUGAUCGUAGCGGUGUCGAUGAACCUUCUCUUCCGCCUCGAAGCUCAGAACGCCAGGAGGUGCCGCGCAAAGAAACACGGAAUUGCGGGUGGUGGAGCCGAUUCGGGGCAGUAUAUACGAGGGUACGAGACAUCUGGCUCAGAGACAUCGUUUUUGAGCUGGAUGAAGCGUCUUACUGGUGUUGAGCCAGAUGGCCUCAGGGUUAGAUGCCACCCACCAGGCAGUUGGCCAUCUUCUCGGACUGGACCUGCUGUUCACACUGCCCCCGCUGUGUCUGAACUCAUGAACAAGUGCACCCCGCAACAGGGGCCGGGGGAUUUAAGAGGAGGGGUGUCUAGAGUCGUUGAUGGCUGCUCUUCCCACAUCUCCCCUCGCUAUCUCAGAGCAUAG